AUGAGCCUGUCCAGCCGUGUCGAGAGGGUCUUGUCACGGAACUCUCCCGACAGUGUGGAAGCCUUCGAAGCGAAGAGCCUCGAGGAAAUGGGCAACUCCCGAGUGAGUUUCGGCCGAGCUCACGUAGGCAAGAGUUUCCUGGAGAUGUGGGAAAACGAGAAAGCCUGGGUGAAAUGGUUCAUCCGCACCUAUGCCGACAGCCAGAAGGAAGAGCAUCGCAAGAUGGUCAUCUAUGUGGAAAAGAUGGUCCAACAACACGAAACAGACCAAGGGCUGCCUCCUCUGGACUUGCCAGAGCCUCACCAAGGGAUUGUCCAGCCUCGCUGCAAGGGAUAUCCCAAAGCCAAAGCGGCUCCAGCAUCGGCCAGCAACAUGCCAGCAGACGUGAUGACAGUGAUGAGCGAGGAUCUCUUCGACCCGUGGGAUGUGAUGGAGCCCAUGACCAGGGAGGUUCAUCGAGAUCCUCUUCCAGAAGAGGUGCAAGCGCUUCAGACUCGCGUCCUAUCCAUCGAGAAUGUGUCUUGCGGUCGACACAUGCACUGGGAGCAACCAGCCAAAUCAAUGAUGUUGCGAAUUCCACUGUUGCGAGAGAUCAUUCAAGGGACGCAAAUUGCAGAGUUUGACAUGACCAUUGCUCGUGUUCUCAUCAAAGUGACAUGCAUCAAAGAAGCACCGAUGGGAUUCGAAUUCAUAGUCCCUGAAAACAGCAGUGCACCCGCCAUAAUUCAUCAGCCAGAACCUGCAGGAGAUGUCCAAUCCAGGGCCCCGGAUGGGUCCCCAAAUGCCACGACAGAGUCGAUGCAGCAGCGGCCAAAGAUCCAAAGACCUGCCACUCUGAAGGAAGAGCUCGAAUUCGGGGAUAAAGUGUCCAUAGAUGGGGUUAAAUGGGUAAAUAAGCAGAACCAAGAGUUCCACUUUUACCACUUUAUUGACCAUGGGACCAAUUAUCACACAGCCGUGAUCGCCCCCAACCGAGCUGACAUCCUGGAGAAGUUCACAGCAGGUUGGCUCAAUUGGGCUGGAUCUCCGAACACCGUUCUGAUGGAUUCAGCCUCGGAAUUCCUGUCAGCUGCCUUUCAGGAAUACAUGCAGAAAGCCUUUUUCUCAGCCGACAAUGACAUGUCACUACGGCGUGCAGCCCUGCGGAGAGAUUGUCCGCAUCGCGGCGCAUACGAACCAGGGGAGUGGGUGAUGAUUUGGAAAGUUCAUUUGAAACAGGGUUCAUGGAUCGGUCCUGCUCGGGUGAUUAUCCAAGAAGGACCCACCACGGUGUUCUGUAAUAACUCCGGAACCCUGAUUCGUGCUGCACCCGAACAUGUGCGACCAGUGAGCUCAGUCGAAGCUCAACUGAUUCCUCUCGAGGAACAAUUGCAGGCCAUGCCACAGAGAACAACCAAUGAGAAUCAAGCAAGAUCCAUCAGCACCACAAGAGACAUCACGAUGCCGUCAGGAACCAACACUGCAGUCAAUCCAAACAAUACAACAUCCGAAAACCACCAGAGAUCUGACAGCCAAAUUUCCACUGAACAACCCGACCAGGAACCCGAAAAUGUCAAUAAUCCUUCACAAAAUAAUUCACAAAAUAACAAUAAUCCACAAAAUGACAAUGAUAACACCAAUCAACCAGAUCUAGAGCCCCAUGAAAUACCAAUUCCCAAUGAGACCGAUGAUGAACUAUUGUGUGAUCUACUCACCUGUGAGGAUGUUGAUGGAGAAGAUCAGUGGAGCCCCAAUGGGGAAACGAGCGUGUGGCGAGCAGAGCUUGAGUUCACCCGCGAUCAAUUGGAAUCAAUGUGCCUGGAUAGUCAAAAACCAAUCCCUGAAGAUUUCUUGUUGCUUGCCACUGCCACCAAGAAACAAAGAACUGAAGUCAAGCUGAGUACAUUGGAUCCAAGCGAACGUCGUGAAUUUGAAGAAGCAAAGGCAAAGGAAGUCCAGAACUGGCUGCAGACAGGAACGGUAGUUCGCAUGUUCCGCAAUGAACUAUCACCACAACAGAUUUUGAGAUGUCGUUGGUUGUAUGUGUGGAAACCAAUUACUGAAGCUGCAGAUCAGAAAGCCAAUCAUGGAAAAAGUAGAAAGGCAAAGGCAAGACUAGUGGUCCUGGGGUUCCAAGAUCCCCAACUGGAUACGAUCCCAAGAGACAGCCCAACACUUGGUAGGACAUCCAAGAUGUUAAUAGCAUAG